CCUUGACUGUUGUGAACAGAAGGAUAACAGUGACCACUAUGGUAAACGUCUCAUUAUGAUGGGGCUUAAAAGUGGAAGGGCCUGGCUAGAUGCAGGUCAACCAGAUUUGGCAGAGAAAGUGUUCAGCAAGACUGAAAAGUGCCUUAAAAGUAUACAGAAAAGUGUGCUUGAGAGAAAUCUUUCUACAGGAGAAAGUGGCUACAGUGAAACGUUGGAGAGACAGAAACUAGAACUGGAACAAGAUCUCUUCACCCUGUCUUGUUACAGGGCAGAAACUUUUGUGGCCCUCUGCCAGCCAGAUAAUGCCCUACAGUACAUGAUGACAGCAAAAGAUCUCUUACCCAAGUUUCCAAAGCAGGAUUAG